ACCUACCUAGGUACCUAGGUAGGUAUUUAAGACGCCUUAUUUUCAUCUAGUAAAGUUCUGGGGUCAAAAACUAGCUGAGACUAGAAGUCUGCCAUCCAUUUCACACCGACGAGCUAUCACUACUAGGUAACGAACUACCUCUAUACGCCGGGCUAUCAUGGACCUUGCUGAACUAAUUCCUCAUUCCGACGAGGAAAAGUUUCUCAAUGUCCCAUACAAUGAUCGAUGGGAGCCUCUGAGGGAUAUCAUCGUGCGGCUAUACAUGGGGAAAUACGCUCCAGGAGGGAAAUCAAUGAAAAUUAGUGAUGUUGCCGAGUUCAUGACAUUACAUUACUGUUUCUAUGCUGCCGAGACACAGUAUCGAACGAAAUUCCGCAAGUGGGGAGUUCGUAAAAGAAUCCUCACCAGCGAGAAGGAAGAAGUGGUGAACGCUCUCGGAAAGCGGACGCACCCUGGAACAAGCACAUCGAACGUAACGCUACAUCAAAAUGACUUCGAGAAGUCGCUAGAUACGAAACAAUUGAAGCGAUAUAUAAAAGAUCGGAUACGCCAUCAUACGGUAGAGACAAUGGCACCGGGAGCGCUCUCAUCAUGGAAUCUUCCCUACGCGGCGUACACUGCAUCCUUUCCUGAACAUCCUGAUCCGCCCUCUCCACUCGGAACAACGGGAACAACACCGAAUUACUUGAAUAUCCACAGUCCCGAAGCUAUGUCACCAGGGCGACAGGCAGCUGGUCCGUCACCAAAUACGCAGCUGGUCCAUCAGAAGGCUAUCCAAGACCGAUCAAGUCUCUUUUUGCAAGGGCGCCAUAAAGAACUCCUCGCAAGAUGUUCAAAGGAGGAUCGAAUUAUGUUGACAAACUAUCUACAUGACUUUUAUAUAUAUUUCUUCGUCACUGCAAAGUACUGGGGUAGAGGGCCUCGAGUGUGGACUUCAGAGAUGAUAUCUAUCCUGACACGCAGUGGUAUUGACCUUUCCGGUCCCCCGACUCCCGGAUCUACCAUGUCUGGUUCAUCACCGCCCAUAUCUCGCAACAGACCACAUAAAUCCGAGGCGCCGACGAACCUUUGUCGAUGGUCAAUUCACAUUACCGACGUGGAAUUUGAUGAAAUGGAAGAUUAUUCAGUCAGCGAACACGAUGGAAUAGAUAUACAUGAUCCCCCAUCGUGGCCAAAAUGGCCAGGAACGGAAUCAAGGAAUUCACUUUCGGAAUCAAUAUUGGAGUCAAUUUCUGCCAGCACUUUUACUGUUACGCCUUCUCAAGACUUGCCAAUCUCCACCCAAUUGGUUGCACGGUCCUUGAGAGGCGAUCCUAGUAAGAUGCUUCUUGAUGUCUGGAAAUUUGCAAUCAUGGCAGGGAACCUUGAGCUUUUGAAGCAACUCAGCGAAGAUGGGCCUCCUAGCGAUAUCGACAAGAUACACCCCUUCCAUCUCGCAGCUUCAUUUCUAGAUGGCGGCAAUAGAUGUUGUCUAGUUAUAUACUUACUGUCUUUGCAUCUCGAUGCCAGCUUUGCCUUUCAACACAAUACGAACGACCUGGGGCACACAAUCCUAGAUUCUCUGAUGAUAUCUAUUCUCCGAUCGCACACGAAUGUUGAACCAUGGAAAGUGAAUGCUAAUUUUAACCCUCCAAAUAGAUACCCUGGAGAAGAAAAGGAUAUUUGUGGUAGAUGGGAUACUGAUUCGCCAGCUGUUCGCACACUCUUCGAACAUGGUUUCCCACGCAUUCCCAAAGAAUGGAAGCAUCCCUUUUGUCACACAGCUGCUCAAGCUAUCUGCCAUAACGCAAUUGCUGUCCUUGGAUCGCCACUAUCUCCAAACAUUAAUACUCUGAGCGGGCUAUUCGUCCGACGUUGCAGCCACUGUGGGCUAGAGCUAAAACUUGGCCCGCUACAUACCCUCGUCGUUGUGGCAUACUGUCUCGCGCGCAACGGAAUGCAAGGAGAGUCAAUGUUCGGCGCUCUAGCGAUUCUCGUCUGUCUACUUCGCCUGGGAGCUGAUGUUUCCUUAAGCGUAACAAUGUCAGUUGAGGAUAUCAUUGGCGAAGCAGAAUCGGGGACAUGCUACCACAGGGACGUAAAGGCUUGCGAUUUGGCUCAGGCAGUUCCGCAAAGCGAGAUUAACCAAUGGUCUAAGGACUGUCAAACGGGAUGGUCGUGCAUCAUUGGUACACUUGACUUGGCUAAAGCAGGCAAAAUUAAAAAGAAACUCGAAUCUGAGAGACAUUGUGAAGACCUAGAUUUAAGUGAAUGGGUAAACCAAAGCCCAGAAGAAGAGGUAGAGGAACCGCCUGAAAUAGGUUCAGAAAAGACCCGCUGCAUCUUGGAAACGACAUUUAAUGGUGCGCAUAGUGAGUGGUUGAAAUUGCCCUGCGGUAAUCCAGAGCUUGGGCUUCUCUGGGCAACCAUUCAGGUUGAACUUCUCACCUACCGCAGAGUCGAGGAUGGGGCACCUUGGGUUUCUGAGAACUUUUCGAUGGAUGCUCUCAAAUAUUGGCUAACGGGAGAGUCUGAUAGCUUUUGCACUCCAUUGGUGGAAAGAAAGAUGGUGAAAGAGUAUUCUCCUUGCGGGUGGUUCUUUAGAAGUGCUGAUUUUUCUUGCCCUAUCGCCGAGGAGGUGUGCGAAGAUCAUUUUAUGAAUAUGGACGUAUACGACAGGACUUCAUACAUAGAGAAGCCUGAUUUUGUCGGUAUCUGGGAAGAAUAUGUGUUGGACGAAACUAUGCGCUGAGUUUACAAGUAAUUGUUGUGUUGUAGGUAGGAGGCUUCAAUAUUCUCUUAUUAAAAUCAGAUCUAAAACAAGUUCCGAAC